AUGCUAGCGCAUCCCAUCCUCGCCUCCGAGGAUGACGAGGAGUAUGUAAUACGGGUUAUCUUCUACUUGCCUGCCCUCCUCGAAGCGUACUUCGACGCGGUCGAGAGGAUUUGUGCGGAGCCGUCCUCGCCACCAGAGUCCAAAACUCGCGCAGAUAUUCUGCAACUCACGAUUCAGCAGCGCCUGCUCGUGCUAGGUCGCGUGCCCCCUGGUGCAUUUAAGAAUUUCGACGAAGUGUCCGCCACAGAGACGGAGGACAAAGAACUUCCUAAACUCAUUGAUCAGCUGCGUCACAUCUUCCUUGAGAACAAGGUGGAUAUUGGGCCACAGGCACUUUUGUGGCGUAAGCGGUCCCUGUCUCUGGCGAAGGAGUGUGCGGAUCAUAUGAAUCGCUGCCGCGUUCGCUUUUCCUUGAGCAGGAAGGUGCGGCGUGAGCUGUCCACGUUCGGCUCGGCGUCGUACGUAUUCAGCAUGAUCUCCUUCGGUCUCGUAGUCAUCUUUGCUUGCAGUGCUCUUGUCGUCAUAUCAGCGGUGCAUCCUCCACUGGCGACUGGACUGGGCGUCGGUUGUGUUGCUUGCGUGCUUCUUGUCCUCUCUGCGUCCCUGAUGUCCUUCAACUGCUUCACUGCGGUGCGCUCCUUGCAUAUACUAUACUCGCAGCUCUUCCACGAGUACUUGAUCGCCGGCGGGUCACCGUCUGAUAUCCUGCUGAAUUCUUUGCAAGAGUCGUCCUUCAAGCCGCGGGGAAAGGACGGGUCGCGGGAUACUGAGAUGAAGCAGCUGGAAAUGGGUCGGGAGACCAAGACAGGGUUCUACACCAUCCCGUACGGCGGUGGGAGCAAAAUCGGGUACAUCGAGGGCAAGCAGCUGGAUGCACAGGUGGUGAUGAUCGCCUUCGACAGCAACUACCAUAUUACCUGGUGGAAUAACGCGGCGGAGGUGAUGACGGGCUUCUUGCAGGACGGGUGCAUCGGCAAGCCGCUGAAUGAGCUUGUCCAGUGCUUCAACCGCGAGGAUGUGUGCUCCCUCAUCAAGCGCACACGUCGCGGCAAUCUGCUUAAAAUCAAGCUCCGCUCCCUCACCGCCGCCCCAACGACGCUCAGUACCGUGGUGACACCGAUUCUGGACAGCGACAACAAGCCCAUCGGAAAUGUGCUGAUCUGCGCUAAUUCGCUGGAUAACCUGAGAGAGUACCGCAUUUAUGUGCACAAUUAUCAAGUAAGCGAAACCAUCGGUGCCCUGUCCUUGUUGUCGGAGCGCUCUUCUCUGUCACAUGAGAACUCUAUUCUCAUCAACUCCCUGAGACGCUUUGUCAAGAACGGUCUGGCAAACCAUGUGGAGACCCUCGCGCGGGAGAUGGAGUCUGACUGGGACUGGACGAGCGUGGAGCAGCUGCUGGGUCGUGCCUUGGGUCAGCGGAUCGGAAUGCAUGAGGUGAUUGUGGACCCAUUGUUUCCACCCACGCUGUGCGUCAACCCAGACGUGGCCAAGACGUUUGGGACUGUGGUCGAGAUGUCCAGUGGCCGCUGUACGGUCACACUGCAGAUGCUGAACUUGACAGGUAACGUCUUUUCGCUGGCUGUGACCGUGCUGCUUGGCCCCAAGUGCCGACCGUGGGAUCAGGCGCAGCUGGAGGAGCAGCUGGAGCAGCUGUUGCGCAGCACGGCAGGAAGUGUGUAUUUUCUUGAGGAGCGCGUGGUGCUACAUUUUCCGUGUCAAGUGGCACCGAUAUUGGAGGAUGGCGACGAGGGCGACGCCAACCCUACUUCCGACCAGGCGCUGCAGAUCACGCAGGCCAGGGCCAUCAUCAACUGCACGGUGAACGUGGUGACCGCCAUCACGAACAUGGUAGACCAGCACAGCCUGUCCCUUAUCCUGCUCAAGACCAUGUUUGUUUCUCUCGCCAGCGUACGUGAGCGCAGCGACCUCGAGCAGCGCUUGUCUGCCCGCCCGUGUGACGUGGAUGUGAUUAUUUGCGACAGCGAGUGGCUCAGCUCGUCCCGUGAUAUCCUCAUGAACAACGACCACGGCGCUAUGGUAAUUCCACUGAUCGAUGCCCAGAUGCCGGUUCCAGCUGAUGUGCAGCACGCGAUUCGCAUGCCACUUGUGCGACGGGACGUGCAGCAGCUCAUCUUGGAGGUUGGCAAAGCGGUGUCCAUGAAGAAGAACGCCAUUUCCGCCCGUGAGGAACGCGAGCGAAUCCUUACGCUGCGACAGGAUUCCCCCUGGACGCGCGGCAAACUGCUAGGGCGCGGGUCGUACGGUGCCGUGUACGAGGCGACCAGCGAUCUCACCGGCGGCAAGAUGGCGGUGAAGAUGUUCUACUUCUCCCAAAACGUCGAGUCAUCGAUCAGCACCUUGCUGAAUGAGAUCUCCAUCAUGUGUAGUCUGAAUCACCCCAAUAUUGUACACUAUUUUCACUGUGAGCGAAAGGACAACAAUGUAAGCUUGUUCAUGGAGCUGUGCGAGGCCUCUCUAACGGACAUCAUUGUAGGACGGCGUCAAAAGCCGGCUCACCUGUCCGUCGUGCAGAUCAUUCGACAAGUACUGACCGCCAUUGCGUACUUGCACAGCCGAGGGAUCGCCCAUCGCGAUAUCAAGCCGCAGAACAUUCUUCUAAAGGGCGAGACGGUGAAGUUGACCGAUUUUGGCACUGCAAUCCAGGGCAGUGCGGGCAAAGAGGUACGAGGCACAUUCCGGUACAUGGCCCCGGAGGUUUACAAGGGUAACCCCCACUCGCUGAGCUGCGACAUAUGGUCUAUCGGCUGCCUUGUAUGCGAGCUGUUCGCGUGCCCGACUGCCUUCAUGGAGAACUCAGCGCUGCUUGGCGAGAUGGCACCCACCACAGAUUAUCUGACGAAGGUGCCGCAAAACAUGGCCUUGAUCGACUUUUUGGAGAAGUGUUUCCAACUUGAUCCUGAGCGGCGCUGGGGCGCUGGUGACCUUCUCGUGCAUCCUCUUCUUUCUGGCAAUACCGCAACAUCAUCUCUGGUGAAGCUAGAGACAAUUUUUGACGCGAAACUCGCCAACCCUCUAGACCCGUCAAACCACUCUGUCUUUUCCUUACGGUCUGCGUAA